UUGACGAGGCUCAGUCCCCGCUUGCUGCUACCCGGUCUCCAGUGUGGAUUUACAUAGCCUGAUUUCCGUGGGACUGGGAAACGAGAGAGGAGGGCGGUGAGCCUUUCAAGAACUGAGGGAACAGCCGCAAACAGCGUAACUUAUCAAAUUAACAACUUGUAGCCUCAACCGUCGGUUCCCCGGCGUCUCCCGACCUUCCGCCGGAGUAACGUUCACUUUUCUCGCGGCCCUCCGCUGCUCUCUCGCCGGAUUCUUUCACUAGUCUGGAGGAGGUUUUUCGGAGGAGACGGGAAGCAGUUUGACUUGAACCCGGUUUGAAGGGCUGUGGCCAUGGCCGGGGGUGGCGGCAGCGGUGGUGGGGUUUCUCCGUUGGGGCCCGCGCCGCCGAUGUGGUAUCACCGGGACCUGAGUCGAGCUGCGGCCGAGGAGCUGCUCGCCCGGGCCGGGAGAGACGGCAGCUUCCUGGUGCGGGACAGCGAGAGUGUCAACGGGGCUUACGCUUUGUGUGUACUGUUUCAGAAGCACGUCCACACAUACAGAAUCCUCCCAGAUGAUGAAGGAUUUCUGGCAGUACAGACGUCUCAGGGCGUGCAGCCGAAGCGGUUCAAGACGCUGCCGGAGUUGGUGUCAUUAUACCUGCAGCCCAGCCAGGGUCUGGUCACCACGCUGCUUUACCCUGUGGACAGAGAGGAGACAGCUGUCAGUGAUGACAGGGACUAUUCAGAUGGAGAGGAUGAGAAGCCGCCCCUCCCCCCUCGAUCUGCCUCCACCUCCACUCCCCCUGGUCCAGACACACCCACAGACAGCCCUCCAGCAGCUAAUGGCCUGAGCACCAUCUCCCAUGAGUACCUGAAGGGCAGCUAUGCUUUGGACCUUGAGGCGGUCAAACAGGGAGCCUGCUCUCUGCCUCACCUCAACAAGACACUAGUGGCCUCCUGCAAACGCCUUAAUGGGGAGGUAGAUAAAGUUCUGUCUGGUCUGGAGAUCCUGUCUAAAGUCUUCGAUCAGCAGAGUGCGUUCAUGGUCUCCAAGAUGAUCCAACAGUCUGUGAAUCAAGGUGGAGACCAGGAGCUGGAGAACCUUGUGACUAAACUGGCGAUUCUCAAAGACCUGCUGUCGUCUAUAGAGAAGAAGGCUCUGAAAGCUCUACAGGACAUGAGUCUGUCCUCUCCGUGCUCCCCUCCUCCUCUCUCCAUGCGUCACAGCAAAGCCAUUCCUGUGCAGGCCUUCGAGGUGAAGCUUGAUGUUUACCUGGCAGAGCUGACAAAGAUAGGAAAGAGUCAGAAGUACACUUUGUCUGUGGAUGUGGAGGGAGGACGGCUCGUAGUGAUGAAGAAGGUGAAGGACAAUCAGGAGGACUGGACCACCUUCACACAUGACAAAAUACGUCAGCUGAUCAAGUCUCAGCGGGUGCAGAAUAAACUGGGCAUUGUAUUUGAGAAGGAGAAGGAUAAGAGCCAGAGGAAAGACUUCAUCUUUGCGAGUGCCAAAAAACGGGAGGCGUUUUGCCAGCUGCUACAGCUGAUGAAGAACAAACAUUCCAACCAGGACGAGCCAGACAUGAUUUCCAUUUUUAUAGGCAGCUGGAAUAUGGGUUCAGUGCCAUCACCGAAGUCUGUGGCCUCAUGGGUCUUGUGUCGUGGUCUUGGGAAAACUCUGGACGAGAUGACGGUCACCAUCCCACAUGACCUGUAUGUGUUUGGAACCCAGGAGAACUCGGUGUGCGAUCGGGAGUGGGUGGAGUCGCUACGUGCCAUGUUGAAAGAACAGACAGAGCUGGAUUAUAAAUCGAUCGCAGUGCAGACUCUGUGGAACAUAAAAAUUGCUGUGUUGGUGAAACCUGAACAUGAGAACCGGAUCAGCCAUGUGGGGAUGUCAAGUGUCAAGACAGGCAUCGCUAACACACUGGGUAACAAAGGAGCAGUGGGAGUGUCUUUCAUGUUUAACGGAACAUCUUUUGGAUUUGUGAAUUGUCACUUGACAUCGGGGAAUGAGAAGAUUGCCAGGCGAAACCAGAACUACCUUGAUAUCUUGCGGCUGCUGUCACUAGGAGACAAACAGCUGAGCUCCUUUGACAUUUCGCUGCGCUUCACACACCUCUUCUGGCUGGGAGACCUCAACUACAGGCUGGAUAUGGACAUACAGGAGAUUUUAAACUAUAUUAACAGGAAGGAGUUUGAGCCCCUGCUGAAAGUGGACCAGCUCAACCUGGAGAGAGAGAAGAAUAAAGUCUUUUUACGCUUUGCGGAGGAAGAGAUCUCGUUCCCACCCACCUACCGGUAUGAACGAGGCUCAAGAGACACAUACGUCUGGCAGAAGCAGAAGGCCACAGGGAUGAGGACUAAUGUUCCAUCUUGGUGUGACAGGAUCCUGUGGAAGUCGUACCCUGAAACACACAUUGUUUGUAAUUCCUAUGGCUGUACAGAUGAUAUAGUGACCAGUGAUCAUUCCCCUGUAUUUGCUACGUUUGAGGUGGGCGUGACCUCCCAGUUUGUCUCCAAGAAAGGUCUGCCAAAGUCUUCAGAGCAGGCCUACAUUGAGUUUGAGAGCAUCGAGGCCAUAGUGAAAACAGCGAGCAGGACCAAGUUCUUCAUCGAAUUCUACUCCACUUGUCUGGAAGAGUUUAAAAAGAGUUAUGAAAACGACAGUCAGAGCAGCGACAACGUCAACUUCCUGCGUGUGGGCUGGUCCAACAAGCAGCUAACAACACUGAAGCCUCUUCUCUCAGAGAUCGAGUACCUACAGGAUCAACAUCUGUUAUUAACAGUGAAGUCACUGGAUGGAUACGAGUCCUACGGAGAGUGUGUGUUGGCUCUGAAGUCGAUGAUUGGCAGCACAGCACAGCAGUUCCACACCUACCUGUCCCACCGUGGCGAGGAAACAGGAAAUAUCCGAGGCUCCAUGAGGGUCCGAGUCCCGUCUGAAAGGAUGGGAACCAGGGAGAGACUAUAUGAGUGGAUCAGUGUGGACAAGGAUGAGACAGGCGGACCUAAAGGGAAAUCCACUAUGAUGUCCAGGGUUGGACACGAGUAUGUAAAGCCAUCUGCGGUGCGUAAACAGCUUGGAGAGCUGGGAAAGGUCAGCGAGGAGGGAGAAAGGAGCAGCAAGGAGGAAACGGCUGCAAGACCAAAACAGGACACAGCAGAUGGUGAUCCGUCGAUCUGCAAGAACAGCUACAAUAAUCCCGCCUACUACAUCCUGGAGGGCGUUCCCAACCAGUCAGCUGCAGCUAUUUCACCUGAGCUCCUCCCAUCUCCUACCUCAACAAACCCCCAGGCAGCUAAAGCCCCUCCUCCCUCAGCUGGAGCUCGAACCAAACCCCCCUGUGCGACCUCAGCGGCCCCUCACCCCCGCAGACCCAUGACAGGACACCCGGUCCGUGCUAUUAGUGAGGAGGGAUCCUCUGAAGACGACGGAGGUGCUUGCAUGGCGGGGGCACAGGGAGGAGGAACUGUUGGAAGCACACUGAAUAGACCCCCUCCUGACUUUCCACCACCUCCCCUCCCUAAAGGAGCGCUGGAGAUGGUUGCAGAGGCCCCCUUCAGCAAACCUCGCCCUCUAUACCCAGACCUGGCUGAGGUCAGGAUCCCAGCAACCGGCCCCGUGGCCCCACUUGCCCUUGGGGAGGGUUUUAGGCGAGGAGGAGUCGGAGGAGUCGGCGCAGGGGCGCUGGACGACCAGUCGUGUUCUGUGCUCCAGAUGGCAAAGACACUGAGUGAGAGUGAGUUUCCUGGACAGCCUCCACGCGCUCCUUCAGCUCCACCACCUCUCAGAGGGCAGCCGAUGGGGUUAGGUCUGGAUGCCUGCCGCACCUUCCCGCCCAGAAAUCCCAUCCCAGAGAGUAUCGCAGAGGACAUGCCAGAGGAGGCACUUUGGGGCAGCAGUAGUUCAUCUUUGUCUGUGGGGGAAUCUUCAGUGGGUGAGUGGCUGCAGAGACUGGGCCUGGAGAGGUAUGAGCAGGGGCUUCUACACAAUGGCUGGGACGAUCUGGAGUUCCUCAGUGACAUCACCGAGGAGGACCUGGAGGAGGCGGGAGUGCUCGACCCCGCCCACAAGCGAAUCCUGCUGGAGAGCCUCAGGCAGCAACAGCAGCAGAAAUAAACUCUAUCAAAAUGGUCUAUGACUGGUCCAAACCGGCCUGGGGAACCACACCAGGUCCCAAGAGGCCAAAUCUCAGCUGAACUGAACUGAACUGAACUGAGCUGAAACGUGCUAAUUGAUGCCAGACUGUGCCUUUAGAGAGAAAUUGCACUCCAUUUGUACUUUCAGAAAAACACUCCUUGAACCGACGUCCUUUUUCACAUGUACUGUAUGUGUGUUGUCGUUGUCAUAGAUGUGGCCUUAUUUAAUGAGAAACAUUUCAGUCCUUCAAGCAUCACUACAUAACCCUCGGCUUUAAAUCCAGAGGGAUUUAGAGAUUCAGCUCGACGUCUUGAUGCUGAGUCAUAUGUGUCGUGCCAUCAGAUGUGAUCAGUAGCUUCGAGGAAAGCAUUUAAAGCUUGCUUUCCUUUCUUUGGCCUGAGAAACUUUGCCUGAGAAGUGACUAUGUUUGAGAAGGUUUUUUUGAGGAACCAGAGCUUUGAAAACACACCGCCCGUGUUUUGCUUAACAACACCGUGUUGUCUGAGCCUCAGGUUUUUCCCCACUCAUGGCCACAUUUGGGCAACUGCGGGAAUCAUUAGAGAGCACUCAAGAGUAAUGUCAGCCCACAACUCGGUCAGAAGAACCCUUCUGUGAUGGAGGGAAACAGGAUGUGGUGACAGGAAAGAAGCUAGUAAUCCAGGCUGGAGUGAGCUAAACUCACUUUUUUUUUUUUUUUUCAAAUUGUGUACUUUAGUGAUGAUGUUUGGGUCACUUAUCAGAACGGUGGCCUGUGCUGUCCGAGCGUUUCAGCAUCUAUUUAUGUUUCUUUUUGUUUUGUUUUGGUUUUUUUUGAUGAUAAAGGGAAUAUUGAGCAAAUCAACCAAAUGAAAACUUUUAGCGCUAAAAGUCCAUAUUUGACCUUGGUGCAACAUUUAAAUGGCAGCCAGUCACUUUUGUGGUUUGUCCUCACUUGACAUUUGAGCCCUUUUUUCUAACACUUCCAUGUUGCAGUAGGUUGGUUAUAUUAUUAAAAGUCGUAAGUAUUCUCGCACAUAACUGGACAAAUGCAGCGUAGGGUUUCUUGGUACAAUCAGUAUUCAGUUUAUUGGUCGAUAAAUUAAGCAGAUAAGGUAUACAUGUGGAAAUAAAUGCUGCACCAAGGUGAAAUAUGACUUAAAAGAUAUUGAACAAUACAAUUCUCAUGCUCACACUUUCAUUGUCUGUGAGGACGCUAAAUUUCAAUUUACAGAAGAUACGUGACCCAGAUUUGAUGGGAUUUACAUCACUUCUUUUUUUUUGUUCUUAUUUUUUAACUCAAUUUUAAAUGGUCUAAAUGAAGCAGUGUUCAGGGAAUUAGUUACCGUAGCCAAAUAGAUUAACUCAUGGUUAAGAUUUAACAAGCCAUCCCAUUGCCAUUUGUCACCAAAACAUUUAAUGUUCUGUCAUAUUUUGCUGAUCUGAUUUGGUCCUUUUGUUACAUUAGGGGAGUUUUAGGAUGAAGAUGUGUUGCGUACACAUGGAACAAGAUGUCACCUCUUGUAAGGCAUUGUAAAACAGAUGUGAGGGAACGUUUCCUGAUAUAGCCAGCAGGUGGAGCUGCUACUCCACAAACUCCAUCAGUAGAUUAACUUCUUAGACCAUGGUGUGUUUAUUAUGUCUUGUUUCUAAGCCGUUAAAAAUCUGAUCUGUUGGUUUUCAGACUGAUUUUAUUUGCUCAUAAUUGAAAUCCUCCUGCGGAUUCAUCUCGACAUGACUGAUACAUUUCUUUUAUCAAGGUGAAUCACACUAAACAGUUUCUUUUAAGCACACAGCUUGCUUUCACUAGUAAAAUGGGUCUUUUUUUGCCAUGUUCUAAAAAGUAAAUCUAAAUUAAUGUGCUGAUACAUAUUUGGGUGUAAAUUUGAUAAAACCUUCAUUCGUGUCUGCAACAGAUUUUUCAUUUCAAUCCUAAUUUAUGAUCCAAGUACACCAGUGGACAUUUUUUCCUCAGCCUUAGACUUUGUGUUUUUGUUGUACAAUAUGUCUAAUCCUUUAACAGCCAAACAGCCACAGUGCAGAGAAUGUGGAUCUGCCGUUCAGACGUGUUCAAUCUAAUGUCUUUUUAAGCCUUUUCAGUGUUCUCAGUGAUGUGCGUGAGUGUGUGUGUUUGUAUUUGCGUGCAUGUGUGAAAAAGCCAUUUUUUUUUCUCACACUCCAUUUUAGCUUGUUCCUUCAUGUAGUCUUUUACUUUGGUUGUGUUAAGUUAAUGUAAGUUGUUCACACGUAUUUUUUUUCAAUUAAAAUCUUAAUAUCUUAUUGUAUAGAUUUACUCAUUCUGUUAUUCUGUCGUCUACAGGGACAGCUGAAGGGAUGAAACAGUUCUGGUCCGUAAGCCGUAGACGUGCCUCUGAAAGGGAAAGACUAUGCGGUAAAAUUAUAAUAACUGAUUAAGUAAUUUAAGUUUUUAAUUAACCAUGAUUUCAGGAGCUUAGAAUUCAUAAAUGUAGCUUUGUGAGCUUCUUCUGAUGUUGCACUUAAUACACAAAACUCUCAUCAUUUUGUCACACACAAGAAAAAGCAGGUCAUUGAAUGCGUCAGGUAGUGCCUCCAUAAUGUAGAUUUAUUAGAAUAUUCAGAGUAGUGCUAUAACUUCUUAUUUGCUAGAGCUUUCUGUCAAUUCUUAGAUUUCAUUGAUGUGUUGGUCUGUGAGACAGAUGCUCUGCAAUGGAAAUGGAUCUGUAAAGCAAAAAAAAAAAAAAAAAGCUACCUAAUAUUUAUAUUACUAAUUACAGAAUUUACAGUCACAAAAUUUUAUGGAGCAGUUCAAAUAAAUGUAAGUUUGUCACUGACAUAAUAAAAAAUAUUAAUAAAUACAUGUUUUUUUUUCCCCUUUUAAGUAGAUUUCUGGAGUUAACCCUCCCUCUGAAAUCAGUUUCAGAGAUUUUCGAUAUAUUGAAACAGAAGUGAUUCACAAGCAACUUUGCGAGGUGAAAGAAUGUACAAAGUGUUGCGUUUUUUGCACACACACACACACGCACACAUAAAAAGAAUGUAAACAGGAACAAAAUCAGGGUAUAAGUGAACAUACAGUAGAAAACUCCAUCUCCCUAUACUGCCAGUCUUUGACCAGCUUGUUUUGUGUUUUGGAGUUAAGAAAACUUGGCUGAAAAUAAAGGAAUCAGAGUGAGUUGGAAGUCAUUUGAGCAGGAGAAUCAUCAAAAAACUCCUCAGUCUGUGGUUAAAGAGAGAAACCAGAUGUAGUACAAUGACAGUAACAGCACAAGUCAGUUAUAAUGGGACUGAUAAAUGUGUGGGCUCCAGUUUACUCAUCGCUUCUCCACCCAAAGAACAUAGCAGGAAACUGCAGUAUGUGGACUGAAAAUGGGUUUGAGCACCUGAAUUUCUCCAUCUCCUUCCCUUGCAGACUUGUGUUCCGACAGAGAAAGGCAUGAUGGGACAUAAAGCAUCAGGGACGAUGAGACUGUGGGAGUCAGGACUUGAUACAGUGAAGAAGGAGGGGAGGGGAUGAGGUGAACUGGGGAGGUGUCUUGUCUGAGACCCGGCUGCUCUAAUUGGAUUUCGGGGUGCCCCGCUCUGCUCGGCAAAGAGAUUUAGGGGGACCCUGUUCCUUGUUGGGGAAGCCUGUGUGUCAGGGGGCUUAGAGGAAGUUGUGCUUGAGGGGUAAAAGUUUGUUUGUUUAGUUUCCCCAGCAGAGACUGGAGCGUGAUGUUUAGACUUCUGAUUUAAGCUCGUACCUGACCGCCAUGCUCAUCAGAACAGGGUGUGUUGCGAUGCAGUGAGUGUGAGAAUGUGAGACAGAAAAGAGACUGAAUGUGUGAAUGCAUAUCUGAUCCAGCUGUACACAAACAUCCUUUUGACGCUGUAUAUUUCAACGUCCUUCAAUAAAGUGUGUCUUUUAGUUUUGUCUGAGAAAGAGGGAUUUGAACACCAACUGAGAGUGAAAUUUUCUCUGUCCAUGUCCAGGAAGGUUUAGCAGGUAUAGUGUUGCAUAAUAUUUAGGUGUGAAACAGUGACCAGACCUGUGAUUUUAUUAUCUGAGCUUGGAAACAGUUUGACAGGACAGUUUUUCAGGGAAGAACCGAGGGCCUCGCUGAACUACAGCAGACUACACCAGUGAAUUCAGCGCUAUAAUGGGCAAGUCUCUCCGCCAAGGCUAGAAACUCCUCUCUGUUCCAGUUUGUUUCUGCUUUUCUCUUCCUCUGUGCUUCAGAACAGAUUCGUCUUGAUGGUGGGAUUGGGUUUUCUGUGGAAGGAGGACAGGACUCCGGCAAAGGGCCCGGUCAUACUGUCCGCCGGCUGCCAGGCCUUCAGAAUCUCCUGAGUCUGGGCAGCAGGCUGAGCCACGGCCGGGUUGGACGGGCCCAGGCUGGACCAGCUGGGAGGCUUCAGCCCCUGGAGAACCGGAGAGCUGGAGGUGUUGGCGUAGCCGCUGUUGGUGGGAGCUGGACUGGGGCUCAGGCUGGCAGGGCUGCCCAGGUUUCCGUUGGCCGAGCCGGGCAGGGAGGCCGUGCUGUCAGGUGUGGGGCUGCAGGUGGACUCUUUGGACUCGUCAUCAUCUGAUGAAGACCUCGGCUCUCCGCCCUUCUUCCCUCCAGAGCUGCUGCUGCCGUUGCUGCCUGUGGUGCCACCAGAGCUGUUGGCUUUGGCAUUGGCUGCUCGCUCCUGCUUACGGAACUUGGCACGCCUGUUCUGAAACCACACCUGUCAGACACACACAGCAGAUUAAAGCUCGUUCCUCUCACCUGGACCCGGGCCUCGGUCAGGUCUAUCUUCAGAGCCAGCUCCUCUCGGGUGUAGAUGUCUGGAUAGUGCGUCUCGGCGAAGACCCGCUCCAGCUCCUUCAGCUGGGAGCUGGUGAAGGUGGUCCGGAUGCGCCGCUGCUUCCUCUUCUCGUUCAGGCCGGAGGGGUCCGAGAAAAACUUAUACGUGUGACCCUCCGGAGGAGAAUACAGCACGUUUCAGUACCUGAGGAGUACGGGGUGGGCUGGUGCUCCCGCAGGGCUCCCAGAGUGCAGCUGGCCGUGCUGAGCGGAGUGCAGCCCGGGUUGGAGAACGGACCGCUCCGGAUCGGGUUGUACUGGAAGGAGCUGGCCUGGCUGCAGGAGCUGAAGUCCGCGUAGGCCGACGCUUCCAUGGCCGCCAUGCAGGAGUCAUAGGAGUUCAGGUUUCCCAGAGACUAUGGGUUGAGGAGGAAUUGGAAGUUUGUCGGCUUAGACCUGGUGUCAUUCCAUCAGUGUUAAACUUCCCGGCUCAUCUUGGAAGAGUACGUGCCAGAAAGACCACGACCAAGCAGCCUUGAGAUCUUAGGCAGCGUCUCCCUGAGGUCCCCCUCUAUCUCCCCACACAUCCACCAACCACUGGAACACAUCUCCAAAGUUCUGCCAGGCCAGCUCAGCUUCCCCUCAGAAGAAGUGCUGCCACCUGCCAGAUGAAGGAGCCUUUUGAGAGGCAGCUGGCAUCGUGAUUGGACUGUACUUUGGUCUGUUCCAAUCCAGCUUCAGCUCCAGAGACGGCAGGCGGGACGAGUCAACGGAGGCCGGGUGGAUGAAGGCAUGCAGCUGAGUACAAUCCAGAAAACAACUGAGGAGGAGUGCAGGGCCAGAACAAACAGAGUAGCAUCGUAUGUCUCUUAGAAAACAUCAUAGUAGAGCCUUUGGUAUGAAAAAAUGCCAUCAUAUGCAUCGUAUAUUGUACAAAUAAUAAGCCAAAGGAAAGAGACAUACAUUGUAGAAUUGUAGUAAUUGUGGGCUGACUGAUUUACUGAUCAUCAGUAUUUUAUUUUUUUUACUGAUUUACGGUAAUAAAUACAUUUAAAAAAGGC